AUGAAUGAGCGAACAAAGGUGAGAGAGAAAGAAGAAAAGAUAUCAAGCUGGAGAAGACUCGAGGCUUGCUGGUUGGUCUUUGUAGAUGUGCCGUCGCUCUGCCAGCCAUCUUCUUUUGCGGGCAUCCCAGCCACGCCCAACCACCCGAAUUAUGCUAUUCGGCUGCAUCCUGGUCCCGCCCCAGGCCAGGGAGCUCUCUUGAUUUCGUGGCUUUCUUUGCAGAGGGUCAGUUUGGAAGACGGUAGGUGUUCCAGACGCCUGAACUGCGUCCGCAGGGCCGCGAAGACGCUCGUCGCUGUUGGUGGUUGCAGCGGUCGUCAUAGGCAUUAUUCUCAGCAUAGUUAUCAGCCGCUCAACAUCCCGGCCAGCGACAGCGAUGCCGUGUCCUGGGCUGUUCUUUUCGGCCCAUCACAGCCUCAGACCGACUCUUUGCUGCUUCAGCUCGGCUGCUUACUUGCGAUCAUCGCCGCUGAUGAUGCUGUUUAUCUAUUUUCAUCUCGUCGUCGUUCUCUAUGCGUCGUUGCCGACUGA